UGUGUUGCCAUGGAUAUGGGGCUUUUAUUUACAGGCUGAAGACGUCCCAAAGAGGAAAGAAUAAGGAGACAAUAACUGCCGAAAACAACAAAGAAGAAGAAGAACUAAUUCACCUUCGGCGCUGUUUUUCUCUCAGCCAUGCGACCAAAACUUGAUAUAGAAAUUGUCGGUUUAAUCAAAGACACCAACUUCCAUGUUGCCAAAUACAUCGCCGAGGGACUAAAGCAGGAGUUUCCAAAUGCCUUUCUGGACCCAAAGUUUCAACCUCUCCUCGAAUUGGAGUGGGACACUUAUCUGCACAACAAGAAAAGGAAGCUGCAGGGUGAAGUGUGGCAGUACUCCAGCUGCCUGAUGUGCUUCCUGAACGGCCUUCUCAUCGGUGACGACAAGCAUUUCGCCAGCUGGGCAAAGAGGAACUGGGAUUUUGCCGUCAACCAGCCACAGGAUUUCUACCAGGCCCUCGCUGAGGACAACUACAAAAAGCACCUCCAGAAAACGAGGCAUCAGUUUGUCUACAUGGACAUUGAGAUCGCAGGAGCAGCAGCGGGCAGGUUGUUGUUUGAGUUGUUCUCAGAUAUUUGUCCAAAGACCGCAAGAAACUUUGAGGAUCUGUGCACAGGGGAGAAAGGACUGACACAGAACAACCUCCCACUCUGCUACAAGGGCUCUGUGUUUCAUCGGGUUGUGCCUAAUGGCUGGGUGCAAGGUGGAGAUACUUCCCCAGACAGCAAAGGUGAUGGAGGCGAAUCAAUCUAUGGGCCGACAUUCGAAGAUGAAAGUUUUGCUGUAUCCCAUUCAAAGCGGGGCAUGUUAGGAAUGGCCAAUAAGGGUCCGCACAGCAACGGAUCACAGUUUUACAUCACCCUGCAGCCAACUGUUUGGAUGGACAGGACAUACGUCGCCUUUGGACAAGUGGUUGAGGGUGUUGAUGUCCUAAAGAGAGUGGAGGAGAUACCCACUUGCAAUGAAAGACCUAAGUAUGAAUGUAAGAUUACAGACUGUGGAGUAUUACAGCUGUAAAAACAAAUCAGUCAUAACUGGUGCAUUUUUGUUUUUGAUGUCAUAAAGUAAGCAGAACUUUCAUAUAACGUAAGACACCUGCAGAAAGCAUGGUAAAGUGAAAAUAUUAUACUAGAGGUGAUUUGCCAACACGGGGGAUUUAAGAUAUAAGCUGUUUGGACCUGCUUUUAAUAACUCAUGUGAAACUAAUGUCACAUUUUUGUUUCACUUUGCCCAGAAACAAAAAUGAUUAUGUUUAAUAAAAGUUUUUUGAUAAAAUGAUACAUUAUUUUAAUGAUUCUCUUCAAUAUAUCAUACAAACUCAACUUCAAUUCUGUUUCCUUUUUGAAGCAGAGUCAAUAAUGGUUGAAUAUGUGAUGUUAAUCCAGUGUAAACGAUGUAAAGCUCGAAUAACAAAUGUAAACAUCAUCUAGGUUUAAAAUGUUGAUCAGGAGUCUUUGCUGAGGUUUAUAAAAUGUCUGAAUUGUGUUGGUCAACCACCAGAAGCUUGCAGCGUGCUCCAAAAUCUAGUGAGACACUUGUUGUCUAUGGUUGUAUUAAGAUUCUUCUUAUUUAUUUAAGUACACCAACGGUCUCAAACUCAAAAUGACCUGGGGGCCAAUGAAUGUCCACUCUGGUCAUAAAACCGAGCACAGUAGAAAACUGUUUGUCCCUUUCAAUCGGCAACACCUGAGUAAAAUGACUGGUGACCUCAAAUAACCCGGCAUUACCCAGAGUCGGUGUCAUAUAAAAUAAAAUACAACCCCCUAGUGGUUGGGGGUAAAUCUCACAAAUAAAAAUGAGACAUGUGACUAUUGCUCACUGUUGAUGACAAUAGCAAACACUUUAUUAUAAUCUGUCAAUAAUAUAGUUGCAGGUGUAUGGAGGAGGUCGUGGGCCAGUUCCAUUAUAGUUUGACAUUAAGGAGUGGGCCGCAUGUGGCCCGUGAGUUUGAGACCUGUGAUGUCCACUUAAGAAAAUUCCUUGUAUGUCGAUACCUGCUUGUCAAUAAAUGUGAUUCUGAUUA